UCAUAAACCCUCCAGCCUCGCUGCAUCUCCACGGGCAGGACGGGGAGCUCCACGCUCACAGGCGAAGAGCAGCGCACACAGCGGCGAGGGAACUCGGAGAAGGGAGUCACGGAGGACAGUGGCCAUGGACCUGAUCCCAAGCUUUUCCAUAGAAACGUGGGUUCUCCUGGCUACCAGCCUGGUGCUGCUCUAUCUCUAUGGGACGUACUCACAUGGAGUAUUUAAGAAGCUGGGGAUUCCUGGGCCAAAGCCUCUGCCCUUUUUUGGAAAUAUUCUAGCUUACCAAAAGGGUAUUUGGGAUUUUGACAAGGAAUGUUUUAAAAAGUAUGGGAAAGUGUGGGGGUUUUAUGAUGGUGGACGGCCUGUGCUGGCAAUUCUUGAUCCAGACAUGAUCAAAACAGUGUUAGUGAAAGAAUGCUAUUCUACCUUCACAAACCGACGGAUUUUUGGUCCAGUGGGAGUUAUGAAAAAUGCCAUUACUCUGGCAGAGGAUGAACAGUGGAAGAGAAUACGAAUAUUGCUGUCGCCAAGCUUCACCAGUGGGAAGCUCAAGGAGAUGUUCCCCAUCAUUGGCCAGUACGGAGAUGUGUUGUUGAGAAACCUGAGGAAGGAAGCAGAGAAAGGCAAGCCCGUCACCAUGAAGGACAUCUUUGGACCCUACAGCAUGGAUGUGAUUACCAGCACAUCAUUUGGAGUGAACGUUGAUUCCCUCAACAACCCACAGGAUCCCUUUGUAAAAAAUGGCAGGAAGCUCCUAAGAUUUGACUUCCUAGAUCCACUCCUUAUCGUAUCAAGUAUGUGGACUAUUUUCCGCUGCACACAUGAGGCCCCUGGAGGAGUGUAG